AUGGAUUUACCAAAUAUUUUAAAAAAAGUAUGCUUUGUUUUUAUCAAGUUUUUCAUAGCGUUAACUUCGUUUACUAACUUUCACGCAGGAAUGUCUGGAGGUGAUUCUGAUAUUGAGGAUAUUAGCAUACUCUCAAAUUCGACAGGUCAACUUUCUUUCAAUGAAAAUUCUUCCUCAACGACGUUACGCCUUUUAGAUUUGGCUAACGCUGUUUUUGCUGAUGAUUCAAGUGAGAACAGUGAUGAGGAGUCAGAAGACAGUGUUAGUACCAUUGAUUCUAUUAGCGAUGAAGAAUCUGAAAGCAGCAUUAGUAUUGAUAGUUCUCUUAGAGAGGAUGAAUUAUAUCAUUUUUUAGAUGAUAUUGACUUUUUGCAAGAUGAUGACGGCAAUGACUACUCUGAAGAUAUGGAAGAAGUAUUUAGUGACGAGAAUAAUUCAAAUCAUAUAGAUGGAUCAAGCGAACAGUUUUCAUCAUCAGUAGUUCUGGGAGUUCCAUUGUCCGCAAACAGAAGAAAAAGGCGAUCUUCAGAGGCUGGUGAUUUAAAAAAUGAAAAAAAAAUUCGUAUGGAUGAAAGGGAAAAUGAGAAAACAGCAAGGGCAUUACAAAUUGAAGAGACAAAAGAGUUUUUGAAAAGUACUCAUCUUGAAUGUUCAAUAUGCCUUAGUGAAAGUCCAGAAAUUAAAAAUCCCAUGUUCUGUGCGUUUUGCUUUAAAUUGGUUGGCUGUGAACCUUGUUGCAGAAAAUGGGCACAAGUCUCGAAAAAGAACAUUGUCAAACGUGGUUCUACAUGCCCAUUGUGCCGCCACCGUUUUUCUGGCUCGAUAUCAUCGAAUCUUAUAACAGUUUAUAUAACAGAAGUAACAAUUUGA